AGAACUCACUUCCGGGUUGUCGUCGACAAGGUGAGAGUUCACAAGGCAUGCGGAGGUCGUGUUGUGCUUUUUCGCCUUUAGCUCGUGUUUUUUUAGCCACUCGGGACCGACUCGCGAUGUGAUGGCUUUCCUGAGUUUGUUCCUGAGAAGGCAGCUGCUGCCGGCCGCGUUCCACUUCGCCCGGAUAGCGAAGCCGGCCCGGCCUCGGUGCGCCGGAGCGCCGCUGAGGAGGCUGCACGGCUCGUCGCGGCUGCGGGUCGUGGAGAAGGGACCGUGGGGGAAGAGCCGGGGGCCGGAGCAGCAGUACCAGCUCUCAGACCUGGACAAGGCGGACGCUCUGAUGCUGAGAAAGUCUCAUGAGACAGGAUUCCUCUCGUGGUUCAGGAACGGACUGCUGGCGACCGGCAUCGGAGUCAUCGCGUUUGUCCAGAGUGAAGUGGGGCGAGAAGCAGGAUAUGCCUUCUUCAUCCUGGGAGGCGUUUGCGUGUCGUUUGGCGGCGCCUCGUACAUCGGCAGCCUCUUUGCUUUGCGGAGGAUGAUGCUGAUGUCUGUGCCUGCUCUGCUGCUCCAGAGCGCAGCGGUCGGCAGCGUCGCCCUCUUCUGGCUGUGCGCGGUAUCUCUCUACAUCGGCCGGCUGGAGGUGGAGAUCAUCCACGAGGACGAGGAGGGAGAGGAUGAGGAGGAGUGCCAGGAGUGCCGCGAGAGGCGUGAGCACCGGGGCUACCGCGGCUCCCAUGACAGCAGACAUCAUGACAGCGAGGACAAUGACGGCAAGGGAGCGAACAAGUAGAUGCUGAAUGGAGAGCAGGAAAGCGUGUGUGAUGCUUUGAUUCAGGGUUUCCCUCGUGUGUGUGUGUGUGAGUGUGUGUGAUCGAUGUAAAGAUUAUUGUGAAAGGGGAAAAAGACUUUUAGACUUUUUCGGAAAAAUGGUCAGAAAAUGCUGAAAUCUUGGUAGUUCAACUUCAUUCACCACAUCCAUUUCUUUCCUAAGAUUUCUUAUAAUCAGACAUUUUCAAAGCUGCUUCACUUACAUUAUCAGUAAGCCAGAAAAAUGUAUUGAUUUUUAUAAACCUUUUUUUUUUUUUUUUUACAUCCUCACAUUCAUAGACACACUGAAAGCAUCAUAUUUGUUCAAUUAUACUUUUCACUGCACUGUAUGCAAUAAUUUUUCAUUUUUGGGGUCAUUUCUGUGGUGUUUCGCUGCCGACUGUUGGUGGAUGCUAUUUAUUUUAUCAUUAAUUAACUGGGAUUGAAAUACUUGAAGUUUUCAUUUAAGUCUUGGAAAAUAAGACAAACCAGUCAAACAAGAUCAUUGUGGGCUCAGAAUAUAUUUUUUACAGAGGUUGAAGUUCCCCUGUGGAGUAAUUUUUUUAUUUAGUUUUGUAAAGCCAAUAGCACUUUUGUCAGUUUUUGUUUCUCAUUAGACUUUUGGAAACAAAGAGUAUUUUUCAAAGUUUUUUUUCCUGUGGUUGUAUAUUUUGCUCUGUAUUGUUGAUAUACAUGUACAGUACUUAUAUGUAAACCACAAACCGUUUUUACCUUUUGAGUGAAUGUCACUUUGAUUUUGUGAUCACUACAAAUGCCGUCUUAACGGGUGUAAAAAAUAGUGAUAGUGUUGACAAUAUUGGAGUUUGUUCACAAUAGUUGGUUCACUAUUGUUUGCUCUUAUUUGUGUUUGCGCCACUUUCAAUGCAUCAUACUGUACAUACAGUAAUAAAGCGAGAAGAAAUCUGUCCAGA